AUGGCCUCCAAGUGUGUCCACAAGGGUUGCGGGAAGGAGUUCACCGACCCUGAAGAGCCCUGCGUUUACCAUCCCGGCCCGCCUGUGUUCCACGAGGGUCAAAAAGGCUGGAAAUGUUGCAAGCCCCGCGUCCUCACCUUCGAUGAAUUCCUCGCCAUCCCCCCCUGCACAACGGGCAAGCACUCGACUGUCGACGAUACCCCUCAGGAACCCAAAGAGCCUGUCGCAGAGGAAGCUCCGCCAGCUCCGGCUCCUACGCCGGCAGCCGAGCCUCCCCGCCACGCUAUCUCGCCCGCCAUUCCCCCACCUUCCAAUGCGCCUACUCCCGUCCCCGAAGAGCCCGAGUCCGAUGACCCCGAUCUCGAGAUCCCGACCAACGCCACCUGUCGUCGCAAGGGCUGCAACUCGGGAUACAACGCAGCCGUGCCCCGCGAGGAGGAGAAAUGUGUCUUCCACCCCGGCGCACCUAUCUUCCACGAGGGCAGCAAGGGAUGGUCUUGCUGCAAGAAGCGAGUGCUCGAAUUCGACGAGUUCCUGAAGAUCCAGGGCUGCAAGGAGAAGACGAAGCAUUUGUUCGUCGGAAAGGGCAAGCCUCCGGGUGAGGAGAAGGUGGACACAGUCCGGAACGACUUCUACCAAACGCCAUCGUCCGUCAACGUCUCUCUGUACCUCAAGAAGAUCGACAAGGAGAACGCAAAGGUGCAAUUCUCCGCCACCGCCCUCGAGCUGGACCUCCCCACGACGGACAACAAGCGAUACAAGGAUACAUAUCAGCUGUUUGCGCCGAUCGAUCCCGUGAAGUCCCAGUACCGUGUCAUGGGAACCAAGCUGGAACUGACACUGAUCAAGGCGGACGGCACCAGCUGGCCUGUGUUGCGCAGCGACGAUAAGUGGACUGGAGAGCGCAUCCAGGUCGGCAAGGCUGGAAGGGCUUGA